ACAUUCGAUGUGUUGCUGUGGUAGCGUUCGGGCGUGUUUUUGCUGUCGGGUUCAACGUUAAUAUUUUUUCUUGUGUUUUGCUGUGUUCUACCUACCCGCGCGUACCGCACCAUCCUCACCUAUCAAUUCUCACUAAAGGCCGGGGCUCUGCUGCUGACACCCCCACCCGUGUUUACGUGAUGCGGUCGGUCGGAGUGUGUGUGAGUGUGUACUGCAUAAAGCACGGCUGUAGAGAAGUAGCGAAAAUGUGAAUAAGUAGAAGAAAAUACACGCAAAGGGAAGCGAAAAAAAACCUUUCAAUAAAUUUAGAUUUUUUGCUCGCAUCGUUGCUUGGGUGCGUCUCAUGGAUAGGCUGAUGAUAAGAUUCAGUGAAUCGUUUGAAGUGUUUUGGCAUUGAAAAAAAAGUGUGUUAAAAUCAGCCAAAAUGACGGUGUGGAAGAGUGUUGGCGAAAUGAAGUUACUUGCAAUCGCAAAAGCCAACUACUAUGAGUCCGACAAAGAGCACAGACUGGAACUGGACGUGGGCGACACGGUGGUCAUUCUACAGGAAGCGGCCAGUUGGUACUACGGAUACAACAAAAGUCGACCCCACAUCCGCGGGAUCUUCCCCAAGUGCUACGUUCACACCGUCGACAGCCGCUCGGUUCGCACGGGAAGUGGAAUCGGGGAACAGUUGACGAUCGUACGCAGCGAGAUCGUCGAAGAGAUCACAACCGUUCUGCGGGAGUGGCAGCACCUGUACCGGCAGUUCUACCUUCAAACACAUCCCGAUUUUAAGGCGAUUCGGUUAAAAAUGCUGGAACUGAUCCGGCUGAGAUCGCAACUGCUGUCCGGGAACCUGCCGGUUGAUGAGAUGAAGGACAUCAAGCUGAAGGCUACCUCGGAGAUCGACACCGGUAACAAAAUUCUCCGGCUGGACAUGGUGGUCCGGGACGAAAGCGGCAAUAUACUGAACAUUGAGCAAACCUCGACGACGCAGCUGUACGAACAUCAUCUGAACGCGGUCGAUCGAAUAAAGCGGGCAAGUACUUCAACCAACAAAAAUCGCAUCGUAGAAUCGAUGAAUCGUCACUCGCACAACCUGCUGCUCUCCGUGCACAAUUUCGUGUGUCGGCUGUGCGAGGAUACGGAGAUUCUGUUUACGCUGUACGAUGGGGACGACAUGAGGGCAAUAACCGAGAACUACGUGGUCAAGUGGAGUCGCCAGGGUGUGGCGGCCGAUUUGGACCAGUUCAACAACAUCAAGGUGCUGUUUACCGAUCUCAGCGGAAACGAUCUGAGCCGGAAUCGGAUAUUUUUGGUGGCGUACGUGGUUCGGAUUGGUGCCAUGGAUGGAAAGGAUACGGACUCGCGGCGUAGCAGUAUGGCCAACUCGGUUGGCAGCUCCAGUGCCGGGCGCAGUAAGGGACAGCUUACCAGUCAGGUAAGUGCUCCGGCUAGCCCAGGAAUUGGUUCAAUGGCAGGUGUCAACGCAGCCACGCACGAUCAACAAAUGCGGAGACCGUUUGGAGUCGCUACGCUGGACUUGAAACCGAUCAUAAAACGUUCGGAAGAUUUCAAAAGUGAUACCCAACUGAAGAUGCCAUUCAUUGCGUGCGAGAAGGAAUCGUUGGACAGCACGUUGCGAAAACUGAUCACGAACAAGGAUUUGGGUGAUAAAAGCGAUUCCGCUAUUUGGAUCAGUGUGGAUAUUUUGCACGGUGAUAUCAAACAAGUCAAAGAAGAGUACCCACAUCUGGUGCUGGGGAACGUGGCAUUUGCUCGGAAGAUGGGAUUUCCGGAAGUUAUUUUCCCCGGGGACGUACGGAACGAUCUCUAUCUCACACUAGUCGCCGGAGAGUUCUCCAAGGGAUCGAAGAGCAGUGAUAAAAACAUCGAAGUUACGGCAGUGGUUUGCAACCGGGAAGGUGUGGCCAUCCCCGGCGUGAUCAGUUACGGUGGCGGCGGUUAUGCCCUCAACGAGUACAAAUCGGUGAUCUACUAUCACGAUGAUAAGCCCAAGUGGAACGAGACGUACAAAAUCGAUGUGCCAAUCGAGGAGUUCAAGCAGUGCCAUCUGCGGUUCACCUUCAAGCACCGCAGCUCCAACGAGGCAAAGGAUCGGACGGAAAAACCGUUCGGUUUGUCCUAUGUGAAGCUGAUGAAUGACGAUGGAACCACGUUGCAACACAAGCGGCAUCAGCUGCUGGUGUACAAAAUCGACCAUAAAAAGUUCGAUCAGGAAACGCAAUACAACUAUCUGCAGCUUCCGACGUUGUCGGAAGAACUGGCCAACAUCAGUGGUGGGAAACCUUCGGUUAGUGGGUUUAGUUUGGCAUCGAAAGAUAGCUUCACAAUCGAAACGAAUCUGUGCAGCACCAAGCUGACACAAAAUGUCGACAUUCUGGGCUUGCUGAAUUGGUCCUCGCGGAAAGAGAAAAUGGAGGAAUCGCUGAAUGCUUUGAUGAAUGUGAAAGGCGAGGAAGUGGUGAAGUUUCUGCAGGACAUCUUGGAUGCGCUGUUCAACAUUCUGGUGCUUAACGAGGAUCCCCCGAAGUACGACAAUUUGGUGUUCAAGUGUUUGCUACGGUUGAUCGAAAUUGUGUACGAUCUCAAGUACCAACACUUUCAAUCGGUGCUGGAUCUUUACAUCAACGAGAGCUUUUCCGCGACUUUGGCCUAUGAAAAACUUAUAAACGUAGUUCAAACGCACAUAAAAAAUGCGAUCAACAACGUGAGCAGUGAGCGAUCGAGCUCACUAAGCAUCUACGCUGUAAACGACAACGACGAAACGCUCUUCCGGACUACGAAGUACCUUCAGUACAUCAUGAAAUUUAUCAUUCGAUCGAGAAUCUUAUUCUCGGAUCUCAACCAGGGCAAGGAUCGAGAAUUGUUCGAAUCGAUGCUGGAGGAUUUGCUGGAGUCAUUCACCGAACUGAUCAAGUAUCAGAACGACUUGCUGAAGUCGCAGGGUGCUCUGCUAAAGUAUCUGCACAUCAUCGCUUCCGAUUUGAUGCAGGUAUACGAUCCGAUCAAGCUGAGCAAGCGCAUCGUGGAUAUCAUUUCGAACGUUCCCACCGGUCGGCUGAAUCAAUCGAAAAUGACGUGCAUCAAAGAUGUGGUGGAUUCCAAACUAUUCAAGUUGCCCCAGUGUAGAGCCAUCCUGCUGCCAAUGUUCUGCAGGCAGAUCAAGGACAAGCUGGAAAGCAAGGAAGAGGGUGACUUCAUGUUCGACAUCCGGCAGCAGGAGAAGAACCUGAUCAAGGCGGCCAAGGUGCUGGGAGAGAGCAAGUCACAGCUGCACACACGCGAAACCACCGCCAAGACGAAGGUAGCCGAGUGUGUGAAUAUCAUGAACAAUAUGUUGGAAUUGUUGUUCCACAACGAAGAGGAUAUCGGUUCCACCGAGGACGAUGUUCGCGAGAUCAUGCAGAUCCUGCUACGUACGGUCAUUCAGAGCUCGAUCGCAAUGGAUCGCGAUAAUCCACUGGUGGGAAAUUUGGUCGCCAUCAUGCUCGGUAUCUUCCGCAGUAUGAGGGAGAACCACUACCAAACGUACGUGCGAAGUUUCCUCACCAGUUACGAUCUGCUCGACUUUCUGAUGGAGAUUCUGUUGGUGUUCAAGGAGUUGGUGUCGAAACCGGUCUUUCCGGUGGACUGGCUGGAUAUGAUCAUGCACCAGAAUACUGUGAUACUGGAGAGCUUACGGCAUUUUGCCGGAGUGAUUAUGGAGUGGUUCUUUUCGCCGUUCGAGAAGCAAGUCUGGUCGAAUUAUUUCCAGUGCUCGAUCACAUUCCUGACGCAGCCGGCACUGCAGUUGAAUCUGUUCAGCAAAACAAAGCAGUCGUUGAUUCUGAGCAACUAUCGGGACAUUCGUCGGGAGACGGCAUUCGAGAUCAGAAAAAUGUGGUUCAAUUUGGGGGAGCACAAGAUCAUGUUUGUGCCGCAGUUGGUGGGUCCAAUCCUGGAGAUGAGCAUGAUUCCGGAGUUGGAGUUGAGGAAGGCUUCCAUUCCGAUCUUUUUCGAUAUGAUGCAGUGCGAGUACUACAGCUCGCGGUACGUGAUGGAGAGCUACGGAGAUACGAAGAGGAAUGCCAGUCACAUUAAGGGUAAUUUCAACGAUUUCGAAAAGGAGAUCAUCGAAAAACUUGAUCACUACAUCGAGGGUGGUUACGGGGAUGCUGAGUACAAGGAUCUAUUCUACAAAAUGAUGCACGAAUCUUGCAGUAAUCACAACACCCUUCAAACUCCUGGACUACAGUGCGUUAACGUGUUGACUCGAUUGAUGGAGAAACUGCUGGAGUAUCGGUGUCUAAUCCAUGAUGAAAGCAAAGAAAAUCGCAUGGCUUGUACGGUUAGCUUACUGCAGUUCUAUUCCGAAGUAAAUCGUAAGGAAAUGUACAUCCGGUACGUGAACAAACUGUGCGAUCUGCACAUGGAAUUCGAUAACUUUACGGAAGCUGCCUACACCCUCAAACUUCACAGCAAUGAACUGUACUGGAAUGACUCUCCUCUGUCUGCUCUGUUGAAAUCCAGUCGCUAUCUGGCCUGCUGCACUCAUUGGACACUCAAGGAAAAGUUGUACCGAGACAUUAUAGAUCUGUUCGAUCGUGGAAAAAUGUGGGAGUCAGCAAUCGACAUGUGCAAGGAGCUAGCGCUGCAGUAUGAAAACGAAAUCUACGACUAUCUGAGUUUGGCCGAACUGUACAAAAAGAUGUCCCAGUUCUACGAGAAGAUUCUCCGGGAGAAACGCUACGAAUCCAAUUACUACCGGGUAGCCUUCUACGGCUAUGGAUUUCCGCAGUUUUUGCGCAACCAAGAGUUCGUAUAUCGUGGCAACGAGUACGAGGACGCCGGAUCCUUCAACACCCGUAUCCUAAGUCAGCAUCCAAGGGCGGAGCUGGUCCCGACCCUGAAUCCGGGUCAGGAAAUUCGACAAAGCGAAGGUCAGUUUAUCCAGAUCGUGAAGGUUGACCCGGUAAGUCGUGAUCUUCGGCUUGGCAGGGACAAGAAAAACAUUGCGUCUAACAUCGUGAAGUUCUACCAGUCGAACAACGUGAGCGAGUUUCAGUUUUCCCGACCGAUCCGAGAUUCGUGCGGAGGAGGCGAUGACAUCGCCAACACUUCGUACGAACGUACAGUAUUGCGCACGACUGAUGCCCUGCCCGGCAUUCUACGCUGGUUCCCAGUGAAGUCCGCCGAAACGGUGAUGAUCUCCCCAAUUGAGAUGGCGAUCGAAUCGGUGGAGGCAAAGAACCGCAGUAUUCGCGAGCUGGUGUUGGAGCAUCAGGCCGAUCCGAACAUUCCGAUCCACUCACUGAGUGCGAUCAUUCACGGUGUGGUCGAUGCGGCCGUCAACGGCGGUAUUCCGAUCUACGAAGAUGCGUUCCUAACACCGGAAUAUCUGAUCCGGUAUCCGGAGAACGAUCAGCUUGUGGCACAGCUGAAGGAUUUGAUUGCUGGACAAAUUCCACUGCUGGAGGUGGCCAUCCUGGUGCACAAAAUGAAAACACCGGCCAGUUUGCUGCCGUUCCACGAUCGGCUGGAGAAAUGCUUUGCCAGUAUUCAGUCCAGCGUGGAAGAGAAAUACGGUAAGCGUACGACCGACAUCAAGAUCGAUCGCGACAGUGAGGUAACGCUGCGAAGGCAGAUCUCGGCACUGCCUCAGGUGAGCAUCGAUUCCAGUCGGCUGUCGGAAACGAGUAUUGGAUCAUCAGAUAGUGGAAUUUCCAAGAGCCAAAACAGUCGACCAACAACCACCAGCUCCGGAGGAUUCAAAUCCACCUUCACCAACUUCGCUACAAACUUCAAUACUGCCAACUUAACCAGUGACUUUUUCGAGUUCGAUCGGUUGAGUCUGUCCAGUGUCAAGCUGGGUUCCAACUCCGGCAAGCUGAUCACCAACAUUUCCAACAAGUUUGGCAGCAAAAUUCGACAAACAUCCCUUGGAAGUUCACCGGCAUCGAAGAGUAAGAAGGACAAAACGUUGACCAAACGACGAUCCAGUCGAAAGAUGGAUCGUGACUCACUGACGCUUCCGGUGUCGAACAGUUUGUUCUACACUUCACCAAUCACGGUUGCGAGUGAAAUCGGUAGCAGCUGUAGCGAUCGUGACAGCGCCAUUCUACAGAGUGGACCCUCCAGCAUCAGUACACCGGCCUGUUCAACUCCGACCGGUAGUCUGAGCGGCUUCGGCUCGUUACCAGUGGUGGAGCUAACCGAGGAGCUCCACCCAAAACGGCCCCUGCGUUCGGAGGUUGAAAAGGAGAAACGUUUGUCGCGGCCACCGAGUGUCGUGACGCCUACGCUCAGUGUGAAAACGCUUACCAGUGUCGGCGCGGAUUCCAAUUCCAUCGGAUCAGCCGAUAGUAGCAGCAAUCGUAAUUCAAUCAUUACCAACGGUUCCACCACUUCGGAGGAAGAUCUGGUCCCACCGCCAUUGCCACUGAAAACACGUGACAGUGAUUACGGCAACCUGCCGCUGAAUGAUAGCGCACUGCACCGACGGUUGGUGGCGGGUGGAUCGAGUCAUUAUGUCAGCUGUAAACCGUUACCACCGGUUCCGGCCAGCACCGCCGUCGUAAUCAACUCGUCAUACGAUGUGGUCGAAACCAGAAACAAUCAUGUGAUUGUUAUCGGUGCGUACGACGACCGGAAGCGACCUCCGACACCCCCACCGAAACCGGCGAGAAAUUCCAAGGUAUGAAUGAACACGCGGAAACAUGAGAAUCAAAUCAAAAGUUUGUUUAGUACAAAAGAUGUUAGAUACGGGAAUGCGAAUGUCUGGCCAAUGGAAGGAGAAACCAUUUUCUAGAUAGUGUAAUUUGUGAGUGAGCUUUUUCGAGUGCCUCAGGCAAAACGUCGAUCCCGUCGAUUUACAAAUUUUUCCAACUUUUGCGUUCCACAUUAGGCCGUCGUAGAUUUCGCCGAACAAAGACAGAGAAAGAAGUAUUGCAAUUUACUUGAAAAAUCAAAAUCGCAGAGCCAUUUAUUUUUUAAGGUUUUAGACCGUCAUUCGGGGCAAAGCCGUUGUUUUUUUCCUUGUUUAUACGUAUUCGUUGGAAGUUGGUGGUACCAUCAACUUCUGCUCUAGUUAAGCAUAUCUCUAGAUUUCGAUCAAAAUUUUAACAAGAGAUUUCGAUUUCUCUACCAAUUGACUUGAAACCAAAGACGAUAGGACGGAACCGUUUUUUUCACAGCCCUCUUCCAUUAUUAGGUAAACUAGGUUAGGAGAAGAGAAAAAAGAAGUAUAUAUAUAGUAGGCUAGCGUCAGAGUAAAAGGGAAUGGUUAAUUUGAGGUUAAUUUCGGAACAUUAUUUAUAGAGCAAAUCAUUCGCCUAGAGUAGAUUUUGUUUCGCAUCCGAAUCAGAAUCGCGUUUUCUAUUACAAAUACCUUAUUAGCAAGUUAGUGUGUAACUUAUUGCUUACCAUCGACGGUGGUAACUCUCCAUCGUAUUCGUAUAAUGUCUUAAGUUUCUAUUUCAGACAAUAGAUGAUAAGACAAAUUUAGCACAAAUAUAAACUUGCGGUCAGCAAAUAAAUGGCGUGUUUAGUAGACGGCACACGAACAGUAGACUCAAA